AACAAAACCUAAUUUGGAGAGACUUAUACCUUUCAAAAAGCUAGAUUUUCUAUAAUUUAUAAUUUUAUACUGAGAUAAAGAGGACUCUAAUGGAACCUUUGAUAACAGACAACAACAGUGCACCAUUGGUCGUUGAUGAUGGCAAAGAAAACAGAGGCCAAGGCGACCAGUUGGAUAUCGGAUCUAAGAAAGGAUAUCGAGUUGGUAGAUCGAGAAUCAGGAAAAUCAGGUCCAAAUCGCCGACUGAAUCAGUCGCCUCAUUGGGAAGUGGACACAAACUUAGAUCCAGGAUUCCCUACAAUCGAUUGCAUUCGGUUCCAAGGAAAUAUAUACCCAGCAGCCUGCUGGAUUCUCAGAUCCGCGCCGAUGUCAAAGAUGCCUUCAACGAGGACGUCAUAGUUACAACUCCAAAUGGGAAAUCAAUAUCCGACACUGCGCCACCUUCGAAUGGGGAAACUCCAUCCAGUAGCGUCACUGCUCCUUCUCCUAAUGGGAAAACCAUAUCCGAAAGCGACACUGCUUCACCUCUGAAUAGGAAAACUAUAUCCGAAAGCGUCACUGCUCCACCUUCGAAUGGGAAAACUCUAGCUGGUGGCGUCACUGCUCCACCUCCGAAUGGGGAAACUAUAUCCGACACUGCUCCACCUCCGAAUGGGGAAACUAUAUCCGACACUGCUCCACCGAUAUCCGAAAGCGACUCAUUUCCACUUUUGAAUGAGGAAACUCCAUCCGGUGGCGUCACUGCUCCUCCUCCUAAUGGGAAAACCAUAUCCGAAAGCGACACUGCUCUUCCUUCGAAUGAGAAAACCAUAUCCAAAAGCGAAACUGCUCCACCUCCGAAUGGGAAAACUAUAUCCGAAAGCAAGUCAAAAGUGCGAAAAGAAAAAACCCCAUCGCAACGCAAUAAAAGAAAAUAUCGCGUCUUGUCCCCAGAUAACGUAUAUUUCAUAGAGAAGAAGUCACGUAAGUCGAACGAUAAAGGAAGUAUUUUCUAUUCUAUGCUGGAAUUUGCGGAUCGAUUUCUUACUCGUAUGUCCAGUUCCAUUUUUGCGACCUUGGGUAUAUUUCUUAUGUUCUUUGUGAUUUGGAUGUAUGACUUUACUGAAGCAUUUCUCACGACUCAAGAGGCGGUGGGCGAUCUGUUCACUGAUCGUUCCCAUACGAAAAUUCAAAAUUUACAAUUUUUCUUUGUAGCAAAAAGAGGCAAUAUUAUUCGGCGUUCCAAAUUAUAAUGUUGAAUCACAUCGCAUUUGGCAAAACGCGUGUGGCAUUGUCCAAUCCAUUUUCGAAGCCAUAACAAAUGACACUUUUAAUCAUUGCAUAUUAACGGACUAAGCCCUGGCCGAUACCCGCACUUUGUACCACUGAUUUAUGGCCCAGACAGCGACAUCCAACCAAAAAUAACCCAUUAACUAAAUCCGCAUUUAAUAAAUGCCAGCCAGCGGCAGCCAGAAAGGUAACAAAAGGGUUAAGACUGCCGAGGGAUCCGCCAAGUUGGCAGUUACAAGCUCGAAAGUUCCAAGUUACAAGACCGGCAAAUUAAUCACGCUGACGACUGCGACGUGGUUGAUGAUAUUGGUCGACUGAUGCUGACAUUGAGGAGCUGCCAGCCGCACCAGCCAUCAGUUAGCCAAGUUUCCCCAUCCCCAUCCUCAAGCCCAAUCCCCAUCUCCAAGUCCAAUCCCCAUCCCAGUGGAUACUGUGCCCAACAUCAUCCAAGUAUCCCACUGUGCCGGGGGCAUCAAUCUGCGGUCGGGUCUCAACUUUCGGGCACCGUGACAUGUGUGGAAUGCAGCCAGAAAUCGGAAUCGAAAUCAGAAUCAGAAGCGUUGACAUGACAACUCGAGAUGAGGGGCUCGCGAUAAGGACAACAGCUUUCUAUGGCACGAGCAUGGAAAACCUUUUUGGGCCUAAGCAUUGCUUAACAAUUCUUUCAGUUUGAACUUUACACUACAAAAGCUACUCAUGGUGGAAAAUAUAAUAAUAUUUAUAUUUACUAAA